AUGGCCGGUGACCUGCGCCCGGGGGCCGGAGGAAGUUCCCCGGAAAGCCCUGCGGGAUCCUCACCUAGCUGGCCACGCAGGGGCUGCCUGGCCCCGCCCCGUGGUGCGUACCCUGGUCCGACCCCCAGUGGCACUAACGUGGGUUCUUCAGGGCGUUCUCCCAGCAAAGCAGUGGCGGCCCGAGCGGCAGGAUCCACCGUCCGGCAGAGGAAAAAUGCCAGCUGUGGAACGCGGAGUGCAGGGCGCACGACCUCAGCAGGCACUGGGGGGAUGUGGCGAUUCUACACGGAGGAUUCACCUGGGCUCAAAGUUGGCCCUGUUCCAGUAUUGGUUAUGAGUCUUCUGUUCAUCGCUUCUGUAUUUAUGUUGCACAUUUGGGGCAAGUACACUCGUUCAUAG